AGCCGACAUGGGGCGGGGCGCCCUCGGAGUGCAGCAGCUCGGGGCGUGGUCGGGGCGUGGCCCGGCCGGCGGGAAGGCGGAAGGACUCCUUUGGACCGUGAGCUCCUAGUUCUCACUUACAAGAUCCCGCAGCCCCUGACCCCUGUACACCCGGGGCUGCAGCAUGGAGGCCGGGCUGCUGUGGUUCUGCAACUGGAGCACGCUGGCCGUGUGCGCCGCACUCAAGCUGCCGCAGAUCUACGCGCAGCUGGCGGCGCGCAGCGCGCGGGGCAUCAGCCUCCCUAGUUUACUUUUGGAGCUGGCGGGGUUCCUGGUCUUCUUUCGCUACCAAUGUUACUAUGGGAACCCGCUGCUCACUUACCUGGAAUACCCCAUUCUCAUCGCACAAGACAUCCUACUCCUGUUAUUUGUCUUUCACUUCAACGGAAACGUGAAGCAGGCCUUGCCCUACGCGGCCGUAUUUGUGUCUUCUUGGUUCGUCCUCAGCCUGCAGAAAUGGAUCAUCGACCUGGCCAUGAACUUAUGCACAGUCAUCAGCGCAGCCAGUAAGUUUGCCCAGCUCCAGUAUCUGUGGAAGUUAAAGGACUCAGAAACCGUGAGCGCAUUGACCUGGGGCCUCUCUGCCUACACCUGUGCAACAAGGAUAAUAACAACUUUAUUGACCACCAAUGAUCUGACAAUUCUUACACGUUUUGUGAUCAUGCUGGCUUUAAAUAUAUGGGUAACAGCAACAGUACUGCACUACCGGAAGCCUGUCACCAAAGUGGAAUGAUGGAUGUAUUCUCUGUACACACAGUGGACUUCAAUGACUGAACCAGGGGAUGCAGCAUUGCUUUCCAUUGCUACAUUUAAAGUCUUUUACUAGUCAAUUAUUUCAGAAACUGUAAAUCAGGUUUGUUAGACUUGAAAAGCCUCUUAGCUGGAUAUGAAGGUGCAAACCUACAAUUCCAGCACUUGGGAGUCUGAGGUAGCCUGGGCUACACAACAGACUCAGAGAAGGAAAAAGCCACUUGUUUAAAAUUGCCCACUUCCUUCCCCCACUCCCAUAGGUUGUGGUAGGGCCUUAUACACUAGGGUUUUUUGGUGUGUGUGUGUG